UUAUUUAAGGCGUUUAUCCCAAAAUCCUACAAAAACGCCAUUACUUUUCCUCAUAGGCUUUGUCCAACGGAGUGCCUAAAAAAGUAUCCAAAACGACUCCAUUACUAUUUCUCUUUGGGGUUAAAGUUUCAGUUUUCACCCCACCCAGUCGGUGGCGGCAACACACAAUGACAGGAUGUAGUCCACCGUAAAAAUUUCACCGAAGAAGUUUACCAAAAUGGCAGCGCAGCAACAACCCGGUGGACCGAUUCCACAAGUUGGAAUGCAGCAASCUGCUACACUUCAACAACAGCAGUUGAGUCAACAGCAAGAUUUCGACCCAGUUCAUCGAUUCAAAAUGCUUAUUCCACAAUUAAAAGAGAGCCUCCAGAAUGUCAUGAAGAUUGCCUCUUUAAAUUUGGGGCAUAAUACAUCAAUUGACAAUGGCAUAAAGAGCAGUGAUGCCAGUGUACAGCGGUUUGACAAGAGUUUGGAAGAGUUUUAUGCCCUGUGCGAUCAGCUGGAACUCUGCUUACGGCUUGCCUACGAGUGCUUAUCCCAGAGCAUUGACAGUGCCAAGCACUCUCCUAACUUGGUCCCAACAGCCACCAAGCCUGACACCGUACAGACAGAGUCCCUGUCCUACUCACAGUACCUCAGCAUGAUCAAGUCACAGAUCUCCUGCGCCAAAGACAUUCACAACGCUCUAUUGGAGUGCUCCAAGAAAAUCGCAGGAAAGGGCCAGCCGCAAGGAAUCCUGUAGAAAUGGGCAUUCCAUUAUACUAUGACAUGGUGGUUAUUUUUCUAAAGUUUUGUAUUUUUUGUAAUGAUUGAUAAGGACAUACACAGUUGAUUAAUUAUUUAAGGGAUGCCCCUCUUCAAUUUUCUUCCCCCCAAAAUCAGAAAAGUAGCAAACAAAAUGUCCUCAAGCAUCAAGUAAUGAGAUUCACAACUUUCUUGGAUUAUGGAAAACGAACUGUGCCUCAGAUCCGGCCAGUCAUGUUUUCAACAACACUAUCCCACUUUUGACACCAAUGGGGUCUUGACGAGGUCACUAGGCGUUGAACUAAGGUUGCUAUAGUAUUUUUACAAUCCGGUGCUCUUUCUUAUUUUGUUCCUCGCGCUUCUUUUCAAAAAAAGAAAAUAAAUCAAUUGAAAUAACACUUAAAGCUGUAAUCCGCAAGGAUGAAACAACCACGUCCGUUUGCGAUAUUACAACAACGAAGUUAUUGACAAACACUUUUUUCCCCUCGGACAUAAUGCGCGACAGAAGAGCACAACAUCAAUAUGUACGGUACUGCAUUUCCCCCCCUAUGCUGCUACACGUUUCUGAGCUCGCACACAAAAACAAUAACGAGGUGGCACCCUUUCCCGCUACUGUAGACCAAAUGAUCAGACUCGUUCAUUUCUCUCUUGAGUUGGAAUGGUGCUAUGCCAGAACGCGGGCCGCUGUUGUCAGCAUGCUGGCUAGCUUAAUGCUAUAGCAGCCCAUUGGAUUCCAUUAAAAUACGACUGAUAGUGUUGGGAGGAAUUCGAUGAGUUGAUAUACCUUUAGCUAACCUAGCACGAUGACAAAGGGCAGUUUAAUACACAAUUAGCGAUAUUUCAAUAUUCUUGAUUCGCCAUUCAUAUUUUCGGGAUAAUUAGGAGUACAGCGAAACAUUCCAUCUCUGGAUUGAGGAACAUUUCCCCAACCAUAUAGCGCGCCGGGCUCUGGUGGUCAUUCUGGCACAGCACCGUUCAGAAUUCAAGAGAGAAAACUAACGAGUUGGAUAAUUUUGACUACCGCUACUACGGAGUUCAGCUUUAAUCAAGUUUGCGUGCCCUAACGUGUAAAUAAGUGUUUUGUUACAAGUAGAGCACAUGACCAAAUAUGACCACCAGAGGGAGAGGUGACAAAGUCAUGAGUACCAAUGCUGUCCAAGAGCAGCUACUAUUCAACCAAAUUGCAAAACUUUUGUGGCAGAGUAGCUUUGUCUUAAUUAUAAUAAACCCUUUACACUCACUUAA